CUCCUCUCCAUCUCUCUCUUUCUGUCGGAAGCAUGCCAAGGGAGAAAUACACACCAACUCCAUUAAUAUAUGCUAAGGAAGAAGGAGAAGCAAGCAAGAAACCAUCCAAAGUUUUCUAAAAUCCUGAGUUCAAACACAGCAGCCCACUUUAAGACACCUGGACUUAAUCACCAGCACCUCCUUUGUCUUACGCCUCCAACUAAAUAUAGGAAUACACGGAAUUGUUGGCGAUGCAUCAGGAAGCCAUCAUAGUCAAUCGUAAUAACAAGGUACGGCUGAACCUGCAACUAUUUGGCAAAUCAUUCUACAGGUAAUUUAAAUUUCAUCCAUUAUUUCUGAAAUGUAACACCUAUAAAAAACAAUAAUUGGAAAUACAUGUAUGGAACAAUGCUCAAAUUUGGAUAUGUAUUCAGCGGUAUAAUACUAUAAUUGGAUGUUUUGAUCAGUAUUUCGUUAGUCAAUAUUUACCAUAAUACAAAUUCUCAAUUCUUUUUUCAUAUGAGGUUGUGGUGUGAAUGCUUCCACUAUGUGUCUUGCUUCAACGAUCUUUUAAAAUUAAAUUUUACAGUCGAAAAUAAAUGUGUUUGCUGUUUGUAUCCUUGACAGCCACUGAAUAAGGGUGUCUUUGUUCAAAAAAUCCUUUAGUAUUGUGUAACAGCUUUUAGUUAUGUGUUGUUUCAAUCUGGUUGAACUUUGUUUGUGUGUUAGAAAAUCUAUGGAUUUGCACUAUUGCUUCUUAGGGAUUAAUGUUGAUCUUUAUUGUCACAAUAGUCCAUUUUGAAAUGAAUCCUGAAGGCUAAUGCUAUCAAUCAUUCUGCAGUACCUUCAAAUACUUUGAGAUGUGUUCUGUACUUCAUGUGGCUCUAAGUUUUAGUCUUAGUGACUGAAAUAUUACGCUUCUGAUUUUCUUCUUCAUUUUUAUAUUAGUGAGUGAGUAUUAUUUACAAUAACUUCUCUGUAUCUUCUAUAUACAUAUCCACACAUAAACUUCAACCUUACAUACGUAUGUCUAGAGGGUCUUCCUCUUCACCUUUUUGAACCCAAUGCCCUUUUUUUAUAGCUAACCUGUUGGGUCUUCCCCUCCAAAUGGAUUCUGCCACAUUGAACCUUACUAGACCCUCGGUGGCAAGGGUGUGUGUUGAACUGGACCCGACUAAAGAUAUGCCUAAAGCUGUUUGGAUUCACCCUGGUCAAUUAUCCUUCCUCCAGCCUAUUAUUACAUACAAAGAUUUGACUGAAUAUUGCAUUUCUUGCAGGGCUUUAGGCCAUAAAAAGUGCAAAAUUCCUAGGAAAUCUUCUAGAUGGUUUAGGAGGGAGGGUAAGCUGCCCGGCAGAGGCUUGAAUGAUUCUGUAAUGAUUUUGGUUCCUGACCCUUGUAUAACUCUGCCCAUUGAUCAAGGAUUGGCUGCUAAUUCUGUUAUUGCCCAUAAUCCUCCUAAUCAUGCUGUUGGUAUUUCUGAUGCUCCGAAUAUUGCUGAUAAUAUUUUUUCUGUUCCUAAUUCUCCAAUUAGGAUUCCUAGCCCUACUGAUGCUUUACUUGAAGGUCUGGUUCCUCUUGUACAAACCUGCAGUGAUGACAAUGAGCAGUUAAAGGACCCUACCAUCCUAAUUGGAAAGAUACAAUGCACCAAGGUUUAUGCUUCACUUUCACUACCUGUUCCUAUUGUUGCUGAAAAUAUUUUGGGAAAGGAUGUUGUAAGUCCAACUGAUCCUUUACUGCCUGUUCCUUUUGUUGCUGAAAGUUUUCUGGGAAAGGAUGUUGUAAGUCCAACUGAUCCCGCAUUCCCGCGCCACCCCUAACUGUCCAUCUACCAACAAGGACUAGCCAGUUUGUUCACCAAAUGUUUGACGAAGCCACUGUACUCCACAGCCNACACACCCGCCCCCUUAAUUGCAGAUUCAAAUGUCCCUGAUGCUUGUGAUGCACACAGUAUGCUCCAAAAGGAUGUACUGGAUGACUCACAUGACAAUUCACUUAGUGGGGAUGAUGAAGUUAUUUCUAACCCAAACAUUCCAACUCAAAACCGAUUUGCAUUGUUAACUGACCCUAUGAAUACUGAGAUUUCUGAGUAGGUCACCCCUAACUCCAUCCCGCUCAAAAGCACACCUACACAAGAAAAACCUCAUCAUGAAAUGUCAAGAACGACACUAGAAGAUCAAGACCACCCCUAAUUGAAGGCAUCAUUGUCGACGGUGCGGGCGAACCAAAACUAGAAUGUGAGGGAUACGACGGGCCAUUUCUCUUCCUAGGCCCUCCAGGAGCACCAAGGGAAGAUGGCAAAAGACCACGAACAGCAAUACCCACCAAAUCAUCACCUCAUACCAUGGUGACUGUUUGGAUUUAAUUUCGGGCUGCAUGCCUUGUUACUUUGUACCCUUUUUCUUUCAUUUCUUUACCACUUUUGUGGAUUUCAUGAUGCAAAUGGAAAAUUCCUGACCUAGCAGGACAGGUAAGAUAUUCACUUAUCAUAUACUCCCUCCGUCCUAAUUCUUUCUUCCCAGUUUGACGUUUCCCCAUUUUUAAUUUUUGGUUUUGACUUCAAAUUUUACCCUCCUUAAAAAAGAUUUAUUGAAAUUUUUUUUCUACAAUCAUUCAAAAUAUAGAGUUAGAAGAUAAUUGGUGUAAAUACAUGAGGGUAUUAAUGUCAUUUGUCAUCUUUAUUUUUCUAAUGGGAAGGUAGUUUUAGGACGGAGAAAAAGGGGAAGUGGGAAAAAAGUUUUAGGACAGAGGGAAUAUUAUUUUAUGUGGCACCUGUAUUGGUAACGGUUCAUGUUUUUACUCGUGCAUCCUAUUUUUGAUUUGAUCAGAUUUGAUCAGCAUAUACAAGGUGUUCAACGUCAAGAAUUAUACAAUGUUCUAUUCCAUAUCAGAUAAAAAUGUACAACAGAUUAAAAUAAGGCCAGUAUUUUACAUCUUACUCAUUCACAGUAACUGGUGUUCUCUUACUACCAUUAUGUUCUUCAUGUGCUUUUUGAAAUGCUGUCCAGGAAUCAUGCUCAUUUUUGGAGACAAGUAUGCUUACUUUAAUCUCAAAUAUAACCUACAGUUGAAUACAGCCAUAAGAAUGGAAAGUCCCUGGACCUGUUUAAUCAAGACAACUAUGCUUACUUUUAUUUCCUUGUAUAUUUAUGUCCUUUUUGAGUAACUGGAUUGUACUCACUCUUGCUUCUUAUUUAUAAAAUUAUGUAUGCUUUUGCAUGUUUUUCCUUUACAACACUUGCAUUUCGUCUUUUAUACUAAAUCUUAAAUUUAAAG